UGCAAGGGAACAAGUGACUCGUUUGUUGAUAAUUGUGGACUUGGGCUAUAUAAAUGUUAAGUGAUGAAGUUACACCAUAACGCUGACUGAAUCCAGUUAAGAACUGGAUUGCGCCGACAGAAAUGGAUAGAGAUACGAAAUAUUUAUUACGAAGGGUUGUAAUUGACGUUCUGUGCUUAUUUACAGUUGGUUUCCCAAUUCUUCUGUUCUACUAUUUUGGAAAACCCUUCGAGAGGGGCUUCUACUGUGAUGAUGAGUCUCUCAAAUAUCCAUUUAAGCCAUCAACCGUUACUAGUCCUAUGCUAUACUUGGUGGGAAUGUUUUUGCCUAUUACUUCGUUUGUUGUUACUGAAUUCAUACACUAUAGACAGUCAAAUGGACAAGUGGCAAGAACAUUCUAUGGCAGAGCAAUUCCACCCUGGAUUUGGUCAUCAUAUAAAACGAUAGGAGUGUUUGGAUUUGGCGUUGCAUGUUCCCACUUGACAACAGACAUCGCAAAAUAUGUUAUAGGACGUCUGCGGCCGCAUUUCUUUGCCGUAUGUGUGCCAAAUAUUAACUGUACAGAGCCGAAAUAUAUGCACAAAUACAUUGAGGAAUUUACUUGCACUGGUGACCACCCAGAGUUAUUCAAAGAAGUCAGGUUGUCUUUUCCAUCAGGACAUUCUUCAUUUUCAGCAUAUACAAUGAUAUAUUUAGUAUUGUACCUGCAAGCCCGGAUGACAUGGAAAGGCUCCAAACUUUUGAAACACUUCUGUCAGUACAUUUGUUUAUUAAUAGCUGUGGGCACAGCCUUGUCUCGCGUUUCUGACUAUAAACAUCACUGGAGUGAUGUACUCGCUGGGUUUCUUCAGGGAGCUGUUUUUGCAGUGUCUGUGGUGCUGUUCAUUUCUGACUUGUUUCCAGUGAAACACAAUCCAGCACUUCCUGUACCAGAUAUGGAUAUAGAUCCUCCAAGCCAUACAGGAAAUGUUUCAGUGAAAGUAAUAUGAGACGUCUGAUUAUUGUCUUCAAAAUGACUUACUAUGAAUUAGCAGUGGGCUUCCAAAAUUGUAUGAAAGGCUACAUAUAUGUACAUUGUCAGUUCUAUGGGAAUAGAGAAUUACCAAUGCUACAACAGCAAUAAAAAUAAAUGGGAAGAGUAUAUGUAUGAACAGGUGAAACAAUGAUCUGGCUGCAAUAUCAAAAGUGACACACACACACACACACACACACACACACAAACACACACACAAGCAAUCAGUGAAUCUUGAGCUUGAGAACUGGAGGUGUCUUCCUGAAAAAUCUUUAGACUUUUUCUGAAGGAGGAGAAACAUUGGGAGUGUGUGAAAUAGAUUGUGUCACUCAGACUACUGUGCCAAAGACUUCCAGAAAUUGCUUCCCCAUUGCAUGUCCUAACUCCUUGGCUUUUAUAACAAUUAUGUUUUCUUACAUUUUGCAGAAGAUACUUUCUACCCUAAAGCUCAAGAUUUUAUUAUUUUAACAAAUGCAGUGGAUCUGUAUAGUUUUUUUAUUGUUAUUAGACUCCAUUUGGCUUAACUGUUUCUUAUUAUGAAUACAAUAUGUUGAACUUUAAUGUUAAGACAGGAUAUAUAUCUUCA